GCCACUUUUCAGAUGUGAAGGGCCGCAUCUCCGCCCGGUCACCGAGCGACCAUGCCGCAGGACACGAACUCCUAUGAGCUAGGAUCGGCCCCUACUAGAUCGGAUGACCGAGUGCUACUGGAACAGGAGCAUGUACAAGAAGAGCAGCCGCCGGUGCGGAUCUUGCUGUUGGCCUUCAUGAUCAUGUUUCAAGGAUAUGGCGUGAUGAACGGCAAUCCCCAACAUGCAUUGAAGAUGAAGCUGGAUCUGCAUCCGGACCAAGCCGCCGCCUUUCAGGAUGCCUGCGCCUCCUUUCAGCUCUCCAAGCUGCUCAUGCGAAUCCUUCAGAUUGCGCUGCUGGUCUUCUUGCAGCCCAAUGGCAUAGUCUACUUGGCUUACGCGUUUAUGUUCGUCGCUGUGCUGAUCCCCGUGAUUUUUGUCUGGGCACUUGACAUGGACAAUCUGUCCGUGGUCUACCUGCAGUACACGCUAGGAGGCAUUGCCUUGGGCCUUUUCGAGGGCACCUUCCUGAGCAUCAUCAGCGUCUUAGGCAAGAACACAAAGACCUAUGUCAUCAUGGGCGCCCCUCUGGGCUUCGCCGUGCACAACAUUCUUCUGGGCACCUUUCAGCAGUGGGGGAUGUCACCGGUGGUCUACUACCUCUACUCAGCGGCGUGCAUCCCCUUUGCGGUGGUCAUUUUCUAUUACUACGCACCGCUAGCGGAAGCCAACUCUCAGGGCAAAGGUUGUCAGGUCUUCGCUGAAUCAUUGAAGAAGCCGGGCCAGUGGCUGCCAUCCAUGCUGCCCUGGUUCUUGGCCAAGUUUUUGGGGAACUUCGUUAUGGAGGAUGCCUUCCCUCUCUUGUUCAACACCUUCAACACCAGUCGGGUUCCCAUCUUCGGUCCGGCCAGCACCAGUCCAACCAUCCCUUUUCAGUACUACACUGCCUGGUAUUGGUUCGUAAUGGUUGCUGCAGGGGACACCAUCAGCCGUCGCGUUCCGCAAUUUCUGGCUCUUAAGAGCUGGAACGCCUGGGGAUUUUGGAUCGCCGCCUCGAUCGUCUUUUGCAUUGGAGGUGAAGCGCUGAACUUUCUCCUCUUCUCCAUUGCAACUGGCAUCGCAGCCUUCGUGGCAUAUUUCGGGAACGGCCUGAUCUAUGGCCUGUCUGCAAAGUUCAUCGACUCGCAGAUCCCGUUGGAGCACCGCUACGCCGCGUAUAACUUGUGGUGCUUCACAGGCGACGUUGGUGGUUAUGCAGGGCAGAGCAGCCUCUCCGUGAGGAUCGCCCAGUCAGUCUGCGAGGGCAGACACUACACGUACGUCUGCCAUCAGAAGACGCUGUUCUCCUGGGACACGGCUCGCGAAUGGCCUGCCAACUACUUUUGAGUUGAUCUGGAGGGAGCGAACCCGGCCUGAUUGCCCGAAGCCGCCAGAGCAGCAAUGUGCAGCCGUCUCCUUGCAUGUGAGGGCACCCUUUUCGGAGGUGGUUGCAAACGUCACGAAAAGGAAACGGACCAUCUCGGGGGCCCCCCUAUUCCGAGCAAGCCCAUG